UACAGCGGGACCAACACAGCGCUGCAGAGAGCCAGUUCAAAAACAGGCGACAGUAUGAGCAUCUUCAGCUCCUCGCUGCUCUUUGAGAAGGUGCCCACUGGAAAAAGCAGAGACAGAUCCAGCAUCGAGAGCGUGGAGUGGUUCUGCAACAACCUGUACCUCGGCCUGAGAGACGGAGCGGUCCUGUAUCUGAGCGCGGGGAGGCCGAGCGCGGGGCCUGGAGGAGCGCGGGAGGUGGGCAGGAGGCAGAUGGGCCGGGGCGGGGCCGUCAGCCAGCUGAAGACGGUCCCAGUUCUGAACCACCUUCUAGUGCUCUGGGACGGAUCCGUCAGCGCUCUAAACAUGUUCUCCCUGGAGCCCGUCCCAGGCUUGAAGAAGAUCCAGAACGUGUCGGUGCUCUGCGUCAGCCAGCCUGCUGCUCACACUCAGCCGGUCUCCGUGAACCUCUUCACAGCCUCCACCAAGCGCCGGGCCAUCAGCGUGCACAAGGUGUGUGUGGACAGAUGGGAGUGUGUGGGCCAUGUGGCGCUGCCUCAGGACCCCGUGGCUCUGGCCGUGUGUGAGACCUGUCUGUGUGUGGCCACGAGCGACAGAUACUUUCUCCACGACUAUCUCACCCACAGCACCCUCGACCUGUUCCCCCACAACCUCCCCAAGCAGAACAUCCUCCUCAAUGAAAGCGGAGCGCGAGAGUUCCUCCUGAACGGGCCAGGAAAUCUGGGUAUGUUUGUGAAGACGGACGGUAUCUCUGAGAGGCCUCCUGUGCCGUGGGCUGAUGGAGUUCUGGACGCGGUGGUGGAUUUCCCGUAUGUUCUGGCUCUUCAGGGUCAGACCCUCCAUAUCUACAGUAUGCUGGACCAGCAGCUCAAACAGACCAUCUCAAUACAGAACCCCAAGAUACUGCUGUCCACCACAGAGAAUGUGCUGGUAGCUGCUGAGAGGGAGAUUCACUGCCUGUCACAGACGCCCCUGGAGGAUCAGAUUGAAGGCCUGCUCGGCCGCGAGCGAGCGGAUGAGGCUCUGACUCUGCUGGACGGAGUUCGAGCUCUCCUGCCGGAGGACUCGUAUAAGGAUUUGCACAGAAGUAUCAUCUGCACAUCUGGAUGGUUGAAGUUCUACAGGGAAGACUUUUCUGAGGCCAAAGAGCAUUUCAUUGAAGGUGGGCUGGACCCGAGGGACCUCAUCAGUCUCUACCCAGGAAUGGACGUCAUCACCCCGGACUAUAAAUCUCAGCGUCCGGCCGUGAGCAAUGCUAGAGACCUGCGGAUGCUAAGCCGAGACGACCGGCCAGCGUUUCAGCAGUACCUGAGCUUCCUGAGCCAGUUCUUAAGAGAGACUCGCGAGACGGUCCUGGGUCAGACCUGCCCGCAGGACGUGGACACGGCGCUGUUUAAGCUGUAUUUACAGCAGGAGGAGCAGGAACUUCUGGAGGAGCUCGUAUCUUCUCCCAAUCACUGCCUUCUACCAGUGUGUGUUCCUGAACUGGAGCAGCACAACAGAUUUUUCACAGUUGGACUGCUCUAUCAAAGCCAUGAUCAGCAUUUCAAUGCAAUUCAGACGUGGGUGCGGAUCGUGGACGGGGUGUGUGAGGACCCUCGGCCGGGUGUGUUUCUGCACAUCGUGAAAACUCUCUCUCAGUUCCAGCAGAAAUCCAUCAUCAUGAAAUUCAUAGAUUGGGUUCUUCAAAAAGACCAAAAGGAAAGGGUUCAGAUCUUCACCAAGAGAAAACCACAAGAUCAGAACAUGUUCGCACCAGAAGAGGUUCUAACGUUCCUGGAGAAGUACCCGGCCGCUCUGACUGUGUAUCUGGAAUAUCUGGUUCAUGAGCUGCACAGUGAGGAGGAGAAGCACCACACCCUGCUGGCCACCGCAUACAUCACACACAUCCUCCAGACCGCACAGAGAGCCCGGCACAGUGAGGAGAACACAGAGAUCAGAGACAAACUGCAGCACUUACUGUGGGAGUCCUCCAUCUACAACGUUAAUACUGUUCAAGCUAAAAUAAAGUCAUCAGCGCUGCAUGUGGAGAGAGCGAUCCUGCUGGGGCGAGCCGGCCAGCACAGAGCGGCCCUGCAGAUUCUGGUCAUCCAGGAAAAAGAUCAUCAGGCUGCAGAAAGCUACUGCAGGAGGACCUCUGCUGGCCAGAGCCGGGACUUUACCCAGCAGCUCUUCCUCUGCCUCCUCCAGGUCUAUCUGGAGUCGAGUCAGGGCAUCACUGCGGCCGUGGACCUCCUCAACAACAACGCCGCCACCUUUAACCCGGCCCGGGUCCUGCAGGUCCUCCCCAGCUCCUGGUCCCUCCAGCUGCUGAGGCGUUUCCUGUGUGACUCGCUGAGGGAGACGGUCCACGAGAGCAGGAUGAGAGGCCUGGAGAAGAACCUGGCCCACGUGGAGAACCUCAGACACAAAAACGCCUGGAUGGAGGCGACGCAAGAAAAGGUCAGACUGGACAGAAGCUGUGUUUGCCACUGCUGUCGUCUGCAGCUGACAGGGCCUGAGUUUCUGCGCAGGCCGACUGGUGAACUCAUCCACACGCACUGCUACAGCUCCGACAAGACCUGCUGAGAGAUUUAAAUACCCUAUAAACCCCCAGCAUCCUGCUACUGAUCCAUUUACAGACUCUGAGACACGUGCAUGUCCUCCAUCGAUCACAAUCUUUCUGAACUGCUGCUAAUACUGCUAAACACAGCACUGGAGCUCAACACGCUUGGAGGAGAACACUAGCUACUAAUUCUACAGCAAGCACAGUUAUGCUCUCUAGGACUCUCUAGACUGCUUUAUUGUAUUAGUAAGAAUAAAAUGAACUUUUAUGCUUCUUGAAUAUGUUUCUUAAAGCUCCACUAGGUAGGAUUGAGAUUUUGUGCUCGUGGGCUCCCCCUACAGUUGUAGAAUGUAAUAAAGGUUUCAGGCGGA